GGUACUAGUAAUUGUGGAUUUCUCCCACUGUAUGCAGAAGUAUACUGUGGGCAUGCCCGCCUUAUCCUAAACGCCACCCCCAGCCUAAGAAAAACCCAACCCUCCUCCUCUGAAACUUCCAUUUCCAUACAGAUAAACAGCCAUGCUAACUACCACCACCUUUCCAAUUACCUAUCCUGCUACAUUUUCAUCUUCUUCAACAACUUCAAUUACUUCUACCACUACUACUACUACUUGUCCAUCAACCCUAGGCAGGACUAGGACUAGAACCCUAACGACCACCCUUAGAGCAUCAGCAGCAACAAGAACCAACCUUCUUCGAGUGCACGCAUCGCAAUCUUCCUCUCCAAUGAUCGAGAAGGAGAGGCCUGAAACCAACCGCCCCCUCACAUUCCUCCGCGAAUCCGACGGCCAGUCUCCGGCCUCCGAUUUGGGCAACAAUUCUGUCCGGGCCCGGUUCGAGACGAUGAUAAGAGAGGCGCAGGACGCCGUUUGCGCCGCCAUCGAGGCCGUGGACGGAGGGGGAAAGUUCAAGGAGGAUGUCUGGUCAAGGCCGGGCGGCGGCGGCGGGAUUAGUAGGGUUCUGCAGGACGGUGCCGUUUGGGAGAAGGCUGGGGUGAAUGUGUCUGUGGUUUACGGAGUUAUGCCGCCUGAAGCUUAUAGGGCUGCCAAGCCGGCAGGUUCGGAGGAGAAACCCGGCCCUGUUCCGUUUUUUGCCGCGGGGAUCAGCUCGGUCUUACAUCCAAAGAACCCUUUUGCCCCGACGUUGCAUUUCAAUUAUCGGUAUUUUGAGACUGAUGCUCCAAAAGAUACUCCAGGAGCACCAAGACAAUGGUGGUUUGGUGGAGGUACUGAUCUGACACCUGCAUACAUCUUUGAGGAGGACGUCCAGCACUUCCAUUCGGUGCAAAAACGAGCUUGUGACAAAUUUGACUCUAGCUUCUAUCCUCGGUUCAAGAAAUGGUGUGAUGAUUACUUCUACAUCAAGCACCGGGGUGAGAGACGAGGGCUUGGAGGAAUAUUUUUUGAUGAUCUUAAUGACUGUGACCAGGAGAUGCUGCUUUCUUUUGCCACUGAAUGUGCAAACUCUGUGGUUCCUGCAUACAUACCCAUAAUAGAGAAGAGAAAAGAUUUGCCUUUCACUGAUCAGCACAAGGCAUGGCAGCAAUUACGAAGGGGGCGCUAUGUAGAAUUUAACUUGGUCUAUGACCGGGGGACAACAUUUGGUCUCAAGACGGGAGGCAGAAUCGAGAGUAUUCUUGUUUCUCUUCCGCUGACUGCCCGGUGGGAGUAUGACCAUAAACCAGAAAAGGGUAGUGAAGAAUGGAAACUACUGGAUGCUUGCAUCAAUCCGAGGGAAUGGGUCCAGUGAUUUUAGCAGUUUUCAGAAAAAUUUCCUCGCACGGUGUUAUUUCGUUGUAUUUUCACUUCCUCCUUUUCUUUUUUCUCCCUACCUUUUCCCUUCCUUGUCUGCGCUGUUUAUUAAGCACCAUUUUUUGUAAGUUGUUUUCAUCUGAGGCAAUCUAUUUAUAGGUGACAGAGCUUAGCAGCGAAUUCUGGGCUUUUAGAGAUGGCUUGGUUAACCGUUUCUUACAGGAUAUGUAGAUUGAAAUGAUGCUAAAAUCGUAGUGCUGCUUGAGCAAAGUUUCAAGAAAUUACUAUCAUUUAUGUGAA